AUAUUCUCUCAUUCGUUGGAAAAUCGGAGAGAAAAUCGAUUCAAUUUUCAGACAGUAGUCGUACCACCCGCCAACCAGGAGCACAAAAACACUCCUUUGAGAGAGUAAGAAAGGAUCAAUGAAAGAAUAAUUAACACAGAAAAAAAAGUCUUUGCCACUUUGUUUUUCCUUCUUUCCAAUUCCACCUGGUGAGGAGAGAGAAAGAGAGAGAGAGAGAGCUUGAGAAUCAGAAAGAAAAUGGUGUCGUACGUGAGCGCAGUGCUGUACGGAGUGGGAGGUCUGGUGGUGGCCGGCAUGGCGCUGCUGGUGGCGCUCCAGGAGCGGCUCGUCUACGUCCCCGUCCUCCCCGGCCUCACCAAGUCCUACCCAAUCACGCCGGCGCGCCUCCGUCUCGCCUACGAGGACGUCUGGCUCCGAUCCUCCGACGGCGUCCGCCUCCACGCCUGGUUCAUCAAGCUCUUCCCCGAUUGUCGAGGUCCAACUCUUUUGUUCUUCCAAGAAAAUGCUGGAAAUAUUGCACACCGCCUUGAAAUGGUCCGUAUAAUGGUGCAGAGAUUGCAAUGCAACGUGUUUAUGCUUUCUUACCGUGGUUACGGAGCAAGUGAUGGAUAUCCUUCUCAACAUGGAAUUACAAAGGACGCUCAGGCUGCAUUGGAUCAUCUUUCUCAAAGAACUGACAUUGAUACGUCUAGAAUAGUUGUGUUUGGAAGGUCACUUGGGGGUGCAGUUGGAGCUGUGGUUACUAAAAACAAUCCUGAUAAGGUUGCUGCGCUUAUAAUAGAGAACACUUUCACAUCUAUUUUAGACAUGGCGGGAGUUCUAUUGCCUUUCCUUAAGUGGUUUAUCGGAGGCAGUGGUUCAAAAGGUCCUAGAAUUCUUAAUUUUCUUGUACGAUCUCCAUGGAGUACCAUUGAUGUCAUCGGUGAGAUUAAGCAGCCAAUUUUUUUUAUCUCUGGCUUGCAAGAUGAGAUGAUUCCCCCGAUCCAGAUGCAAAUGCUCUAUGCCAAAGCAGCUGCUCAUAACAGGCAAUGUGAGUUUGUCGAAUUUCCUACUGGCAUGCAUAUGGAUACUUGGUUGGCUGGUGGUGAUGACUAUUGGAGAACAAUUCAGCGGUUCCUUCAACAUGUUUCAGAGAAAAAAGAAGACGAAUCAUCUAAAAGUGGCACUGAUAUUGGGGCAAGGUGAAAUCCAAGGGAUUUCUUCAUUAGAAGUUUUAUUCAAUGGCUCAUCCAGGACUCGAAAACUUUUUUCUACUUUGUAUUGAAGCUGCAGCAAUUGAAAGCUCUCUGUGAGGAGUUGCUCUCUUCCAAGACCUUUCUGCAGCUAUUCCCAUUCAGAUUUUUCUGUUUGGUGAAAUUUUUGUUGGAUUUACGACAUCAGACGCUGGGAAAAUAUGUGAAAUGCUUUUGGUGUAUACUGUAUGACUUCUGACACACAGGCUCAAUCUUUAAUCUGUUUUUACUGACUCAUUGUAUGAAAUAAGAAAGUUCACUAAAAAUUGAAAUAUACAAAAUCUCCGAUGGUACGCUAGUGGCUUUUCUAUCUUUGUUCUAAUACAUUUUC